CGCCCCGGCCCCAAUCUCUCCGCCUUCCCCGCCCUCCCCCUAUCCCUGGGAAGGGGCGCAGCGUGGGAAAGGGAUGGUUGAGUUUUAACCGGAGACUGAGCGUGAGUGGGAUCAGUGUGCACGCACCGCCCGCAGCCGAGCGCCGAGCGGCCGCUGCAGUUAACUCCUCCUUGCCCGCCGCGCGACCCUCCUCGGAGCCCACGCUCCGCCACCAUGAAGAGAGCUCACCCGGACUACAGCUCCUCGGAUAGUGAGCUGGACGAGACCAUCGAGGUGGAAAAGGAGAGCGCGGACGAGAAUGGAAACUUGAGUUCGGCGCUGUGUUCCAUGUCCCCAACGACAUCGUCCCAGGUUUUGGCCAGGAAAAGACGGAGAGGCAUCAUCGAGAAGCGCCGACGAGACCGAAUCAAUAACAGUUUGUCUGAGCUGAGAAGGCUGGUACCCAGUGCUUUUGAGAAGCAGGGAUCUGCUAAGCUAGAAAAAGCUGAGAUCUUGCAGAUGACUGUGGAUCACCUGAAAAUGCUGCACACUGCAGGAGGGAAAGGUUAUUUUGACGCGCACGCCCUGGCUAUGGACUAUCGGAGUUUGGGGUUUCGGGAAUGCCUGGCCGAAGUUGCCCGUUAUCUGAGCAUCAUUGAAGGACUCGAUGCCUCCGACCCGCUUCGCGUUCGCCUGGUCUCCCAUCUCAACAACUACGCAUCCCAGCGGGAAGCCGCGAGCGGCGCUCACGGUGGCCUCGGACACAUUCCCUGGGGAAGUGCCUUCGGACAUCAUCCACACAUCGCACACCCUCUGCUGCUGCCCCAGAAUGGCCACGGGAACGCUGGCACCACGGCGUCACCCACGGAGCCGCAUCACCAGGGCAGGCUGGCUUCUGCCCAUCCGGAGGCGCCGGCCUUGCGAGCGCCCCCUAGUGGCGGCUUGGGACCGGUGCUUCCCGUGGUGACCUCGGCCUCCAAACUGUCUCCGCCGCUGCUCUCCUCCGUGGCCUCGCUCUCAGCCUUCCCUUUUUCCUUCAGCUCCUUCCACCUACUGAGCCCUUCGACACCCACGCAGGCAGCAAACCUUGGCAAGCCCUAUAGACCUUGGGGGACAGAGAUCGGAGCUUUCUAAAGAACUGAUGCUGUAGAACAAGGGAGGGGAAAGCUUAAAAUCCCAGGUGUGCUGGGACGGUUGCCAACACCACCUUAAAGUCGCCAGUAAAAGUCAGGAAAAAGGUACAUUUUCAGAUAAUUUUUUUCUAAAGACUAAAGGUUCGUUGGUUUACUUUUCUCUUUAAUUUUUUUUAUCAUGUCAUGCAUUAGCAGUUUUAAAAAAUUAGUUGUUAAUUUUUGUUUAAAAGAUUCAAUUGAGGUAGUGAUUAUGAACCAACACUUUGAUCCGUUGUCUGUUCUGUGCCUCAUUUAUUUUGUAGACCUUUCUGUCUGAGAAUGAUUCAGUUUGCCUCAGCUUGGGGAAUCUUAACAUUAGUGUUUGGGGUCUGUUUCCCGGUGUGUAUAAGUUGCAACCUUUUGAGGAUUAAUUUCCCAAACCACUAUGCUCAAUGUUAACACGAUUUUGUUAAUACUUUGCCAGACUGAGGUGUUGUAUAAGUGAUAUUCUUUGGGGAGGGAGGGUCAGCAAAGCAUUAUAUUUCCAAACAAAGCGUUGACAAAUCAGAUGCUGCGCAGCUUUACUCGAGAACACUAGCUCUCUGCCUCUCAGAGCAGUCGGGUGAAGGGACAAAUGUGUCUGUGCCCUGGAUCCAGAUGACCAGCUACUGUGGUCUGCUUGGCUUUUCUGUUCUGAUAUUUCAGGUUUAGAAAGAGCUGCUGGUAGGCUAGGUCCCCGUUUGGAGCGUUGGCAGCAAGCAAGACAGUCAUGUAGAUCUUGCCUGCACUUGGCAGCCCCAAGCAAUGCAAAGCAUUUUCAGUCUCACGGAUCUCACGCUCACCAGUGUCGACCUGCGUAAGUGAUCGUAGUCUGAAAGCAGUUUGGUGCCUGUUAAACACAGCCCGAUUUUCCUAGAACUGCCAUGUUUUCUUUUAAGUGGAAAUUUUCAUGUUGUGUCUUCCUUUUGGUGCAUGAAGAUGUGGCUCUUACAGUACUUAAAAGGGUUUUUCUGCCUUCUCAUUCGUUUUUAAAAUUUUGAUUUUGGCUCUAAAAGUAUUGUUUUACAGCCUUGCCCCUUUAGAGGGUAUAAUUUGAACAGCUCCUCUGAACUAGGUCUGACCUCUGUUGUAUUGAUGUGUUGUGACUAAAUAAAAAGCAAAGAACAAUAUA